UACAUGCAUUGCAAUUUCAGAAAGGAGAACAAGUGUAUUUGGAGAUCAUAUAUCAUCGUAAGAUCAUGGCAAGUGACCUUUUAUGCUUGUCUUGCCAAUUCUCGUCUACCACAGUACCAACACUAAAUACUAGACUCCCACUCCCACUCCCACAAAGUAGGAACUGCACGCAAAUAACAUCUCUUGCAAAUCCCAAACCUUUGCGGUUCAUUUGUGCAGUGAGCUCAUCACAGGAUACCCAAAUAACAGAAAAUAAUAGACGUUCAGCCAAUUACCAGCCAAACCUCUGGAAUUUAGAAUUUCUCAAGUCCCUGGAGACUGGCCUCGAGGUGGAAGCACUGCAAGAGAGUACAACAAAGCUGGAGGAGGAGGUGCGGCGCAUGAUAAACAGUGUACCCAUGGAGACACUAAACUUACUCGAACUCAUUGACAAUGUUCAGCGCCUGGGAUUGACCUACAAGUUUGAGAAUGACAUAAACAAAGCCCUCGAGAGCAUUGUUUCAAGGGAUGAGAGAGAGAAAAGUGGCCUGCAUGCUACUGCUCUCCGCUUCCGCUUUCUUAGACAACAUGGCUUUGAGGUCUCCCAAGAUGUGUUUGAGAGUUUUAGGGACAAGGAGGGAAGCUUUAGGGAUGAAAUUAAAGGUGAUGCGCAGGGGUUGCUGAGUCUAUAUGAAGCGUCAUACUUUGCCUUUGAGGGAGAAAAUAUCUUGGAUGAGGCAAGGGCAUUCUCAAUGACACAUCUAAAGAACUUAAAAGAAGGAAUACCCACGAAACUGGCAGAAAAAAUCAGUCAUGCACUGGAACUUCCCUACCAUCGAAGAUUGCACAGACUAGAAGCACGAUGGUUCAUCGAAAAAUUUGAAGUAAAGGAACCCCACGAUGGUUUAGUACUCGAGCUCGCAAAGUUGGAUUUCAACAGGGUGCAAUCAUUUUUGAAGAAAGAACUGCAAGAACUGUCAAGGUGGUGGAGGGAAAUUGGGCUGACAAGCAAGCUGGACUUUGUUAGAGACAGAUUAGUGGAGGUGUACUUUUGGGCUCUGGGAAUGGCCCCCGAUCCUGAAUUGGCUGAAUGCCGGAAAGCCGUGACUAAAAUGUUUGGACUGGUCACCAUCAUCGAUGAUGUAUAUGAUGUGUACGGUACCUUGGACGAGCUACAACUCUUCACGGAUGCCGUUGAGAGAUGGGACGUGAAUGCGGUAGAUACACUUCCGGACUACAUGAAGUUGUGCUACUUAGCCCUCUAUAAUACUGUUAAUGAAACGGCUUAUAACAUCCUUAAAGAAAAAGGAGAUCACAGCCUUCCCUAUCUAGCCAAAUCUUGGCGUGACUUGUGCAAAGCAUUCCUGCAAGAAGCAAAAUGGUCCAACAACAAAAUAAUUCCGGCAUUCGACAAGUACCUAGAAAAUGCAUCGGUUUCAUCGUCCGGAGUGGCUUUACUUGCUCCUUCGCUGUUCUCAGUUAGCCCAAACAUAACGAAGGAAGCUAUUGAUUCCUUAACUAAUUUCCAUGGGCUGGUGCGGUCGUCAUGCGCCAUUUUCAGACUCUGCAAUGAUCUGGCCACCUCGGCGGCUGAACUAGAGAGGGGCGAAACCACAAAUUCAAUAACGUCCUACAUGCAUGAGAAUGGGACCAGUGAGGAAGGAGCACGGCAGGAAUUGAGAAAGCUGAUUGACGGAGAGUGGAAGAAGAUGAACAGAGAGCGAGUCAUGGAUCGUACAUUCCCAAAAGCAUUUAUAGAGACAGCUAUUAACAUGGCCAGGGUUUCCCAUUGCAUCUACCAAUAUGGAGAUGGACUCGGAAGGCCCGACAACACAGAAGAGAGCAGAAUCACCUUGUUGCUCAUUGACCCCAUUCCAAUUAAUUAAUUAGUUCCUUAAUGUAACAGUACAGUACAAUACUAGUAUUUGUAUUCGUAUCGUUUGUGUUUUUGUACACCUCUUGGUUAACCCUGUACAUGGUUCAUCGUCCAAUCAUUUUAAUAACCCACUUGGUUGGGUAAUUAAGUAUAAAAUAAUAAUAAUAAUAAUUGUUUAGAUAUAUAGUUCCA